AUGAUGGCGACGGUGCGCCGCGUUGUGUGCUUGUUGGCUGCUGCUCUGUGCUGCACGGCCUUGUGCGUGACGGCUGCGGCUGAAGCUACCGGUGCCAGCCCUCCAGGCGGAACGAGUCCAGCAACCAGUGGACCUGCGCAGGCGGAAUCUACCACGGACCAGACCGAUGUGGAGGCCGCGAAGAAGAAGGCGGAUGCAGUCCGUGCGAAGGACGCGCUGGGGAACAUGACGGCUGCGGUGGAGAGGGUCAUCAAGGUGGCUGACUACGCACUGCAGGUUGUUGUCUCGGAGGUGGCGAUGCCGGCGCUUGCGAUCUCGUAUUAUGCGCUGGUGAACCUGAGUGAGGUUGUGCCUCCUAGUAAAGAGUCUAAGAUGGGGGUGCCGGUGAAACCCGAGGCUGACUCAUCUGCGACUGACGCGAAUUUUGUAACGAGCGUCAGGGACGCUGCGUCAAAAGAAAAGAUUGCACAGGCCGCAGCCAGCGCUGCGAAGGCGAAGGCGCUGUUCGCUUUGCUGGGAGAUGCCCCGACGAAGGCGGUGACCAGCGCCAAGAACGCGGAGCAGCAUGUCCGGGAUACCCUGCAAAGUACUACUGCGGCUGCGGGAGAGGCGUUCACUGCGCUGACGAAGGCGGUUGAGAUCGUUGCGAAGUCGAGCGCCGUGGCGGAGGAAUGCCGGACUGAAGUGGACAAGAUUGCGAAGCUGAUGGAGAGUGUCUCUGGUGCUGUGGACGCAGCAGCGAAUCUGACGUCGAGUGUCUCUGAUUUCGCUAACGCAACAGCGGCUGCCAGCAGUGCAACAAAUACUGAAGCCUCGAAGGAUAUCGAAACCCUCAAAGCAUUAAGAAACGAUUUCGUUCCUGUGGCGGACCUUGUGCAUGACACUCUGGAGAAGAGCGUGGAGGUAACUAUUUCCGCCGCUCGUAUGCUGAACCGCACCCGGAAACUGCUCGGCGUUGCGAAGGGUUUGACGCUGGACACUGAGGACGCUGUGCAGACGACCAUUGCAGCGAAGGCGGCGGCCGAAGGCUUGCUGAAGAAAGCAGAAGCUGUGCUGCCGCAGGUGGAGAAGAAGCUGGAAGAGACCGUGAAGAAGGUUGACGAAGGGCAGUUCGCCACUGCUGUGAAUGAGGUGCGUGAGCGCAGUUCUGGUGCUGACGGCGGCCUCAAACUACCUAUUCCUGCGCCACGGGAGACACCCGCCGCCGUUACCGAAGCACUGGAAACUGAAAUGAAAGCUACCGACGCUGAGAAGCUGAUUGCAGGCGUUGACGGCAGCGACAUCCCCGCGUGGGUGCGUGCCCCACUGAUGCUGCUGCUGCUGCUGGCCUGUGUGGCCGUGUGGUGA